ACCCUCAAGCUGCGCUGCCGUUCCUUCAGCGCCUUGGGUUACAUCCGGGUCUUUGGGCUUCGCGCUACUCUAGCCGUUUGGGGUCGCUCAGGGUUGCUGGGUGUUGGUUGUUUCCGCUGUUCCAACGUCGGAAGUGCGGGUGGGUGGGCAGACAGGUUAGAACUACUUGUCCUGGAAACUGUUCAUCACCAUAAUGAGGCUCGUAAUUCUUGAUAACUAUGACUUGGCUAGUGAAUGGGCAGCCAAAUACAUCUGUAAUCGCAUCAUUCAGUUCAAACCUGGACAGGACAGAUAUUUUACACUGGGUUUACCAACAGGGAGUACACCAUUAGGAUGUUAUAAAAAGCUAAUAGAAUAUCACAAGAAUGGAGACCUUUCUUUUAAAUAUGUGAAGACCUUUAACAUGGAUGAAUAUGUAGGACUUCCCAGAAAUCAUCCUGAAAGCUACCAUUCUUAUAUGUGGAAUAACUUUUUUAAGCAUAUUGAUAUAGAUCCAAAUAAUGCUCAUAUCCUUGAUGGGAAUGCUGCAGAUUUACAAGCAGAAUGUGAUGCUUUUGAAAAAAAAAUAAAAGAAGCUGGAGGAAUUGACCUUUUUGUUGGAGGAAUUGGUCCAGAUGGCCAUAUCGCUUUCAAUGAGCCAGGAUCCAGUUUAGUGUCAAGGACAAGAUUAAAGACUCUAGCGAUGGACACCAUUUUGGCAAAUGCUAAAUAUUUUGAUGGAGAUUUAUCGAAGGUGCCAACUAUGGCUCUAACAGUUGGCGUGGGGACAGUGAUGGAUGCAAGAGAAGUAAUGAUCCUCAUAACAGGUGCACACAAGGCAUUUGCUCUCUACAAAGCAAUAGAAGAAGGAGUAAAUCACAUGUGGACUGUUUCCGCUUUCCAGCAGCAUCCCCGAACUAUUUUUGUGUGUGAUGAAGAUGCUACUUUAGAAUUAAGAGUUAAAACUGUGAAAUACUUUAAAGGUUUAAUGCAUGUGCACAAUAAACUUGUGGAUCCACUAUACAGUAUGAAAGAAGGAAAUUGAAGGAGAUUGGAGCAAAAUUCUGCUUGAAUGAACAGAACACUUUUAUAAGUAGAUGAAUUUUCAGCUAUGCAAUAUGAUAAAACAUGGGGAUUUUUUGAAGACUGUCAUUUUUGAAGUCCAAUACCUAUAUGUUAAACAUUCCAUAUUUACAAUGUGUCCAUUUUAUACUAAGGUUUAGGAGAAGUAGUUGGCUCUCACAAAUAGCUGUUAUUGUGAAGUACAGAAGCCACACAGCCACUCUAUAAAACAGUGCAGAAAUGAAAUGUCUGUUUAAAAAUUUCAAGUCAUUUUAAAUGUGAAGAAUAUACAUCAAGUAUCAUUCAUAUGAAUCUGGUGGCAUUCUCAAGAAUUUUAUUUUUUAUUCACAUAAAGACACUCCACCUUUCAGAUAUCAAAAAAUCAUUGCAAACCUUUAGUUCUGGAAUGUAAUCUUUGUAUUUUCUGUGCAUUACACACAAGCUUUUCUGCACGUGGUUGCCUUAGCCCCUUCCUGCAGUGGCAUCUGGACAUGAAAAGUCCUGCUGUAUAUUGUUGGAACAGAAAAUCUGAAGAAAUGACAGUGCCUAAAAGUACAGUUUACGUCCUUUUGGAAAGUAUGUAUAAGUGCAUGAUUUUUGUGCACCACCUUCUACAGCACUUUUUUUACAAAUGUGCUCUUAUUUUUAUUUAAUAACUUGGGUUCAUGCUUUUAAUAAGUAUUUUGGCAAUUAUGAACUUUAUACCUAGCAACACUCUUAAGGAAAUUCUUUUGAAGACAAUUUUCUGAUUAUUGUUAAACUUCAUAAAUGAUUAGCUUUAUUCCUUACUUAUAUGUCUAAAAAGAUAACAUGAUAAAGUAUAUAUAAAAGGAAUUACUGUAAACUUAGAUUGCCAUUAACAACUUGCAUCAUUAAACUGCAAAUAAAACUAUAUUGUUUUCUAUCUUAAUUCAAAUAAAGCUUAUAAUAAACAAA